GCUGUGGGGCGUGACGAUGGGGCGUGGCUAUGAUGGCCCCCCGCACUAGCGGCAGGUCCCGGGACUAGAGCUAGCCGCCAAGGUUCGCGCUCUGGAGAAACGCUAAGGUUAUCAGGUUCCUGCACGUUAUUUCGGGCCUGAUCAACAUUUCAAGCUAAACAUGGUGGUGAUGAGUAUCCUCAGGGCCAUUCUGCAAGCCUCUCCAUGCAGGUCACCGUGGAGAAGAUUCCAGAUCCCCAGCUCCGUGCCGGCGAGGCCCUGCAGCCUCUACACCUGCACGUACAAAACCCGGAACCGAGCCUUGCACCCGCUCUGGGAGAGCGUGGACCUGGUCCCGGCGGGCGAGCGCCAGUCGCCCAUCAACAUCCGGUGGAGGGACAGUGUGUAUGAUCCUGGCUUAAAACCGCUCACCAUCUCUUACGACCCGACCACCUGCCUCCACGUCUGGAAUAACGGGUACUCCUUCCUCGUGGAAUUUGAAGAUUCUACAGAUAAAUCCGUGAUCGAGGGAGGACCCCUGGAACACAACUACCGACUGAAGCAAUUCCAUUUUCACUGGGGGGCCAUUGAUGCUUGGGGCUCCGAGCACACUGUGGACAGCAAAUGUUACCCGGCAGAGCUGCACUUGGUACAUUGGAAUGCAGUCAAAUUUGAAAACUUUGAGGAUGCAGCACUGGAAGAAAAUGGUUUGGCUGUGAUAGGAGUAUUUUUAAAGCUAGGAAAACAUCACAAAGAGCUGCAGAAAUUGGUGGAUACUUUGCCAUCAAUCAAGCAUAAGGACACCCUUGUGGAAUUUGGGUCAUUUGAUCCUUCCUGCCUGAUGCCCGCCUGCCCAGAUUACUGGACCUACUCGGGGUCCCUGACUACCCCGCCCCUCUCCGAGUCUGUCACCUGGAUCAUUAAGAAGCAGCCCGUAGAGGUUGAUCACGAUCAGCUUGAGCAGUUUCGGACCCUGCUCUUCACUUCGGAGGGGGAGAAAGAGAAAAGAAUGGUGGACAAUUUCCGCCCCCUUCAGCCCCUAAUGAAUCGCACUGUCCGCUCUUCCUUCCGUCACGAUUACGUACUGAAUAUACAAGCGAAACCCCAGCCUUCAACUAGCCAAGCAACUCCCUAAGACACUCAUAUCUAGGCACUACUUUGCUUUAAUGAAUACAUACUAGCUUUUUAGAGAUUGCUGAUUGGAGUGUUCUAAACGCCUACAUUUAAUAAUAAUUGUAGAUGCGCAUUUCUUGGUGUGGCAGUGCUCCUUCAGUGUUUGAAGAAAGCUCUUUGGUAAAGAAGUUCUUAAGUUUUAUUGAUAAUGAUGUUUAACACUGAUGUGGCAGUAAGAGACACAAGUUUGUCCUUCAGCAACCUGUUGGUAAUCGUAAUGUCUUUUUAUGUCCUAUAUUUCUGAGUUGUCUUAUGUUUAUUAGUUGUCUUUUUAUGUUUAUUAGUUAGUAACUCUAUAGAGUUGUAAGUAGUGAUGGUAAUCAAAAUAUUUAACACCGGUAAGGUGCAGACACUGACCAUCCAGAAUGCAGGCCUUUCAGAAAUGGCCCCAGCGCCCAAACUGGUACUUCCUGGCUAGCUGAACAUUGGCCAUGGUUUUAGGGAUAUUUUAUUUCAAAAUCUGAAUGUAUAUUCUUUUCUAAAGCCUUCUCAACAAGUAUAUUUGCCUGAUCUUUAGUUGUUAUCCCUAGUACAUGAUAUGCUUACUAUCAAUUUAUGACAUAGAAGAAAAUAUUUUGUAGUUCUAAGAAAAUAAGAAUUUACUUAUAACGGGGAAUCCUUUUGCACUUCUGAAGAUCAAAUAUUUUACCUCAAGACCUGAUCAUAUAGAAAGCAUAUACAGAGCAUUUUAAAGAAAAUGCUUGAGGUUCCUAGAAUUUAAAAUUCUUUCAUGCUUUAUUUACAGGCAUCAUUUUCAAAAGACUAGUAAUAUAAUAGUCUAUAGUUUAUAGUGUUAUUUUGCAUUGUUUGUACACUGUUUCAUAGAAUAUAAUAUUUUCCACAAUAACAGAACUAUCAUGGCUUUCCUUGAGAACUGCCUGACCUUUAUUUCAUGAGUUGAGGUUCUGUGCAAGGCAGGUGCUCAACAUAAAUCUCCCAGUUAAUAUAAUGGUUUAAAUGACUUCUGCUACAGUAAUAAGGAGAGAAAAUUAACAGGCUAAAAUCUAGAGAAUUCUACGUAUUUGGGGGAAUCCAUGCCAUUGUUGCCUUUGCUUGUAAAUAUCUUGGAAUGUUUCUAGUUGCCUAUAAGCCUGUGUUCAAACUCAAUAUUGAAUUUACUGGUGGUCUUUCUUUCAUUAGUAUGCUAGUCAUCUGAUCUGCAAGGUAGGGUUGGAUGAGUAGACUUGACACUACUAAACUAUACACUGUAAAAGUUUAAGAUGGUAAAUUUUAUGUGUAUCUUACCACAGUUAAAAAUAAAUAAUACAUUCAGUAGAAGAAAAAGAGGGUUGGAGUUGUAUAUGUGAGUUUUGGGGGGGGGUAUGGAUAUCUGCUCUUAAAAAAGGGAGGGGGCGCUCCUGGGUGGCCCAGUCCAUUAAGCAUCAGACUCUUGAUCUCAGCUCAGGUCAUCAUGACCUCACGGUUCGUGAGAUGGAGCCCUGUGCCACGCUUAAGAUCGUCUCUCUCCCUCUCUCUCUAAAAAAUAAAUAAACAAACAGAUAAAUAAUUUUUUUGUUUUGUUUUUAAAGGGGGGGGGUGAAGGCAUUUGCUUCUAGAGUACAUGCCUUCUCUGGGAAGAAAAUGAAUAAAAUUCUUAAAAAGAUAAAUGCGAGGGGAAAAGUUUAUGUUAACUAUCUAAUUGAUCUGUUCAAACCAUAUUUAUCUUUAAAAGGGUAAACACACGAUAUGCAUUUUCUAGAGCACAGGGCUUCCCUCCUAGGCCUCUCACAAAGUCUUUGUGCAAAAUUCUAUUGCAGUGAGUCUUCCAAAUUGGAGUGAGAACCAGUGCACCAAUAUCCGACUUACCCUUACUUCUUAGAGCUACAGAGGAUGUCUUUAUUGGGUGUGUCCCAGCUUGCCACUCCUGAUUCACCUGCACCUGGUGUUUUGGUGUGAUUAUUAACAGCACCCUCUCGCUCUCAACCAUGUCCUGGUUCUCAUGAUCAAUUCUUGCUCACCUUCUCUGCGGAGGUUACAUGGAAACCGCCUUGGGGAGGUGUGUUUCUUUUCCUCGGUGCCUUAGUCAUCUGAGCUCCGAAGGGGCUUGCAGAUUCCAGGGCUACUGAUACACCCUAACAAGAAAUGUUGUGUCUUUUGUGCCUCCAAAAGUGUUUUACUUGUACCUUCCUAAACAGCAAGGGGCAAAAUGUCCUUGAGAAGGAAUUUUGUAUUAACAUUGCUGCUUAUCUUCAUUAAAUACUAUAAUAAAACCCUUUCUUUACAAUAUUAA